GCCAGAUGUUGCCUGGAGAGGGACCGGAGAAGACACAUCCCAAGGGCUUGGGCGCCACGGGGCAGGGUCUUGAUGCAGAGUCCCGCCCUCUGCGCCGUGACAGCUCAGAGCCAGAGGGUGCAGAGACAGCUCCCAGGGGUUGGAGGAGGAGGGGCCAAGCUGCCUGAGCUGGAGACAGCGGCAGGGUAGGAGAGGAUCAAGACCAACAGCACUCCUGGCACGGCAGCCAAGGGGCACCAGCUGCAUUCAGGCCUUGACCUCAGCUGACCCUGAUAGCCCACAUGGGGCACUGGGUCUAAUUUUAACUCAGCCACAGGGCCUGCAGCCCAGGAGUGCUUGUCAGGGGACACAGGGGUGGCCAGGGCUGCUCUGGGGCUGCUUAGGCUGGGGGAGGAUUGGGGGAGACCACCCCUGCUCCUUCUAGCCCUGCACCCUGGUCAAGCCACCUCUUGUGGGGGCUCUGACAGGUCCCCCAUGGCCUGGCAGACUGUACUCUCCAUCAAGGGCCAGGUCAGGGGGUUCAGCCAAGAAGAGAGGACACAGCCUAGCAAUCUCGACAGCGGUUGCAUCAGCCUAAAUAGGGCCCAGGGGCAGGGGCUACUGCUGGGAGACCAAAGGUUGGCUUGGUUGUCCAAAGGCCCAGGAAGCAGAGUCCUGACCACAGGAAAGCAAAGCCAGAAAGCUGGGUUCUACCUGGCCUCCUUGUGCCUGGUUGGCUACUUGCUGUUUGACUUUAGGCAGGCAGCCUGCUCUUCACGAGCCUUGGUCUUCCCAUCUGUAUAAUGAGGGCACUGAACUAGGGUGAUCCCAGCUCCAGCGACCCCCCCUUCGGGUCCCUGCUCCUCCUGCUUUCCCCAGCCCUGGCUGUGGGUGGCCACAUGCAGUCGUGGAGAAGGAAGUCCCUGUGGCUGGCACUAUUGACCUCCUGGCUUCUCGGCCUCCUGGGAAUCUUUCCCCUUCUCCGCCUGGCAGUGCCCACCAGACCUCAGGCAGGGCCCCCCCAAGGCUGGCCCCGCUGGCUGGAUGCAGAGCUCCUGCAGAGUUUCUCCCAUCCUGGGGAGCUGCCAGAAGAUGCCCCUCAACCUCCUCAAGCCCUCCGUAGUGGCAGCUGUGACUGGGGAGCUUGCUUUGAUGCCUCGAAGUGCAGGGGUGGUGGCCUCAAGGUGUUUGUGUACCUGGCCGCUGGACCCAUUUCUGAGACGCAGCACAAGAUCCUGGCUUCCAUCGAGGGAUCCCGCUACCACACAUCCGACCCUGCCGAGGCCUGCCUCCGCCUCCUCAGCCUGGAUGCGUCAGCUGGAGAGUGCAGCCUGGUGCCCCCGAAAUGGGAUGGAGGCAAGAACCAUCUGGUCCUCCGGCUCCACCCAGCCUCCUGUUCUCGGACCUUCCAGCUGGGACAGGCGAUGGUGGCCGAGGCCAGCCCCACAGUGGACACCUUCCGACGUGGCUUUGAUGUGGCCCUCCCGAUUCUCCCUGAAGCCCACCCAUUUCGAGGUGGGGCUCCUGGACAGCUGCGGCAGUACAGCCCCCACCCCAGGGCGGCCCUGCUAGCCCUGGCAGAAGAGAGGGGUGGGUGGCACACGGCAGGUACCAACUCCUCUGCCUGCCCCUGGGAUGGGCGCUGUGAGCAGGACCACGGACCUGAGCAGGCCCACCCUGGGGCAUCGCUGCCCAAUGCCACCUUCUGCCUCAUCCCGGACCGCAGCCGGCGUCUUGAUGCCUUGCACUUCCUCCAAGCCCUGCAGGCUGGCUGCAUCCCUGUACUUCUCAGCCCUCGCUGGGAGCUGCCCUUCUCCGAGGUUAUCGACUGGACCAAGGCAGCUGUGGUAGCUGAUGAGAGGCUCCCACUUCAGGUCCUGGCUGCCCUUCAGGAGAUGCCCCUGGCGCGGGUGCUCACCCUGCGUCAGCAGACGCAGUUCCUGUGGGACACCUACUUCUCCUCAGUGGAGAAGGUCAUCCAUACCACUCUCGAGAUUCUUCAGGACCGGAUCCGUGGAGUGUCCGCUCACCCCUCGCUGUUGUGGAACAGCCCCCCGGGGGCACUCCUGGCCCUGCCCACGUUUUCCACAAGUCCCUCGGACUUCCCCUUCUAUUACCUAAGGCAGGGCUCUCGCCCUGCAGGCAGGUUCAGCGCCCUGAUCUGGGUGGGGGCCCCAGGCCAGCCCCCCAUGAAGCUCAUCCAGGCGGUGGCAGGCUCCCAGCACUGUGCCCAGAUCUUGGUUCUCUGGAGCAAUGACAAGCCACCCCCGGCCAGGUGGCCUGAGACAGCAGUGCCCUUGAUAGUCAUCGAGGGGCACAGGAAGGUCAGUGACCGCUUCCUCCCGUACAGUGCCGUCAGCACCGACGCCAUCCUCAGCCUCGAUGCCCACAGCAGUCUUUCCACAAGUGAGGUGGACUUUGCGUUCGUGGUGUGGCGGAGCUUCCCGGAGCGGAUGGUGGGCUUUCUGACCUGGAGCCACUUCUGGGAUGAGGCCCGGGGUGGCUGGGGCUACACCGCUGAGAAGGUCAACGAGUUCUCCAUGGUACUCACCUCGGCCGCCUUCUACCACAGGUAUUACCACACCCUCUUCACCUACUCCCUGCCCAAGGCUCUGAGGAGCCUGGCAAAUGAUGCACCCACCUGUGUGGACGUCCUAAUGAAUUUCCUAGUAGCAGCAGCCACCAAGCUGCCCCCUAUCAAGGUGCCCUAUGGGAAGCGGCAUCUGGAAGCCAGACCACCACUGACGUCUAGGGGCCUGGAGCCCGCGCCUGCGUUGCAGCCCGCAGACCAUGAUUGCAUCAAUCAGAUGGCGGCUGGGUUCGGCCGCAUGCCCCUGGUGUCCUCUCGCUUCCGCCUGGAGCCAGUGCUCUUCAAGGACCCGGUGUCCGUGCUGCGAAAGAAGUAUCGCAGCCUGGAGAAGCCCUAAGUGCGCUACGAAUAUUUGAUGAAAAGAUCAUGGAAGAAACAUCAGCUGCGUGCCUGGCCCUGGGAAGACGAGAUGUGGACAGGAGUGAGGAGUCGAAACCCCAUCUUCGGGGUUUCCAGUCCGGUGGGAACACAGACGCCUGCAUUGCCAGGUGUGAUCCUCGCGUCCCAGCGAUGGAGCAAAGAGGCGCUGGGAAGCUAGUUUCGGCUUCUUUCCCGGAGCAGAGCAGAGCAGGGAGGGGAGGAAAGGGAUAAGGCCAGGGAUCAACCCUUGCUCCGCCAGGGACCCUAGGCUCAGGCUCAGCAGUCGCCCUGCGUUACCAUCCUGGACCACUAGAGGUCAGCGCUGCCCCGCACUCCAGUAGGGAAACUAGAAGGCUCGCUCGUGCGCAGCCUGAGGUCUGAAAACUCAGGGGGUAGGGGAGUAUCUGAAAGAACAGCGCCACUUUUUUGGCCCACACACUUAGGAUCAAGCAGGGUCAUUUCUAGGUGGGCUGGGUGGGAGCAGAAGCUGGAGCGCCUUUAGGUAAGAGUGGAGUGGGGGAAGGGACGCUGGGUUCUCCUGGGUUCAUCCACCUGGAACUGGAAUUAUCACUUCCGAAAUAAAGCUAACGUCCUCGCUGCCCAAACUCAGGCUAUAAAUACCCCCUGGG